AUGACCUGGCUGGAACUCGAGAAUCUCAAAGAACUCUGGGACAUCGCCGAGGCUUUGGCAAGCUUCAACUACCAGGAAGCUUCCCACGAAGAUAUCAUCCAACAUUUCCUGGACAGGCUUCUAGUCAGACCGCAGCUUAAAGCCUACGCUUAUGGCAAAGGGGUAACCCUCAUCCAAGAUGUAGCGGCCCUAAAACUAAACAAGGCCCUUAGCCAGAAAGAAAAGCGUCAAAUAAAGCUCUGGUGCGAACACAGAGCGAGAGAAUCUGCCAAAGAAUCGCUUCAAUUCCCCAAGCAAGCAGAAGUCCUGGAAGAAUCGGAAGCAGUUAAGCUUUGGCACGAGCUCAUGGAAACUAAAAAACCCAAGCCUCGAGAAGCAGCGAUGGCCUUCUUCUUCACCUACGUCACGGGGGCUCGAAUGGGCGAAGUUCUGAAUCUCCGAAUUGAGGACAGAAGCAUCCUCAAAGAAAAUGGCAAGGAGUACUGGCGCUUCCACAUCAGAAGCAGCAAAACAGACCCUUUUUGCAAACGAAUGGAAACGCUCAACGUUCCAAUGGAUAUAGAACACGGAGCACCCAUCACAACAGAGCUUCGACACCAACUACGUGACAAAGCAAAAGGCUUAGUGUUUCCGCUUCUAGAAGGAAAAACAAGCAUCGCGGGCGACUAUCUGAGACGCUACAGUGAAAAGGCAGGACUCGACAAAAAGGUAUCAGCCCACUCAGGCCGAGUCAGCUUCUACGUGGAGGGCCGCAGGGCCGGCCAAGCCCAAAACACACUGGCUCACACGAUGCGCUGGGCACCAGGAAGCGUCAUGCCAGACUAUUACGAACGAUGCUGGCUGGAAUGCACCGAUAACGGGGCCCCAGCAUCAAUUGCAGAGGCUCGAGCAGCUAAGAGGCGCCUCAAAGAACAACCUGAGACACAGCAGACAGGAUCAGACUCCGAAGAUCCGGAAGAUGCUCAAGAAGCUAAGAAGCAGAAGAGCGAAACGGAAUAA